AUGUGCUACAGUAUACUUCGAUUCUGGAAAGGUCUCCGUGCGUUUGGUGCCGCUUUCCUUCUUGUUUUGCCCAGAGCAGCGGCUCUUCACUGCGAGCCCUUUGACCUGAGUGCACCCGGCGGCGAGCGCAGCCAUUUCGAGAAGAUUUGGCAGCAAACUCCCUCGGAGAUCCUGGCUCCUGCUCGGCAUGCCUUGAUGCUGCUCUCACGAGAAUCCCGGGACCCCGUCGGUGAUGUGGAAGCGUUUAGGCAUGCCGAAGCCUUGUCGGAGUACGCUUGGGUCUUGCAAGCGGUGUACAAGCAGUCCGGAAAUCCGGAGAUCCUACGGGCACUGCUCACGGUGCGUGAGGGGGCUCUCCGCUUUUCAGCACCUGGCCCGGCCUCUGUCCUUCGCCUGGCCGACGCGCUCUUCGACCUCUGCCGCCCCGUGCUCCGAUCAGCUCAGAGAUCACUUGCUCUCUUCCUCCAAGCCGAGGAACUUUCUGGGCAGAUGUGUAACGCCAAAGUUGUUCUACUAUUCAAGCAGCUGGGGCAAUGGGAGGAAGGAGAGAGGUAUGCAAAAGAUUGUGGCCUGUCGAUUACACACUUGCAUCUGCAACAUCCGAGGCUUCAGACCAUGCCGUGGUGGAACCUCAAAGACCCCAGACUGCCCAAAUGGCUACGCGGAAUACGUUUCCGACAUGCCGUGCACAUCAUUCGUACUGAUCUACAGAAGUGCCUGGAACGCACGCCGAGUGCAUUUGACGACUCUGCGAAUGAUUGGUUUUUCGUUGGCUCUCGUUUCAAUUGGACAGGGCUGAAUCUGAUGCACUCAGCUAGGGGGGGCUGGAACGAGCGAUGGUGUGGAGAGCAAGCUUGCGCAAAGCAAACCUGUGACAUGUUGCGGUGGCGCAAGGAGCUGAACCAUAGCCUAUGGCCAAAGCUUAGCCACAGAGCGGGCAUCCCGUCAGAGAGCUCGCCUCCAAUGUACGUGAACUUCUAUGCGCUGACUCCUGGGUCGCAUAUUCUGCCGCACCUCGGAAAUGAUGGACGGCUCACCAUUCAUCUGGCACUGCAUGUCCCGCUCGCCAACCAAUCACGCAUUCGAGUGGCCAACCAAACGAUCAACUACACGCAUGCUGGCCAGAUGUUGGUCUUUGACGAUGCCUACGACCAUGAAGUAUGGAAUGAUGGCAAGACGACGAGGUAUGUUCUUGGUGUUACGAUAUGGCACCCAAGUCUCUUGUUCCAACUGCCACCCUCUAAAGUUCCGCCGGAGGUCCCUGACUCUCAUUUUGCACUAUCUUGGAUAACAUCAUCUGAUCGGAAAGCCAGGUCGUCAAUCUGUCGCGGUCGUGUUAUCUGUGCAGGCAGCAGUGGGUUUCGCGAAAAAACUCUACAACUCCUUGCCGAAUGUCUAUGGAUGUGCUAA